CGUGUAUUUUGACAGGAAGAUAAAGCUUUUGUACCACGUCGAGGCAGUUUUCGAUUAUUCUAAAGGAAAUUUUCUUUCAAUUUACACAUUUGCACGGCAAGAAAGUGAAUAAUAUUACGAAUAAUGCGAAACCACAUUACUUUUCUUUUUAUAGUGGUCCUAUUUUCUCUGGCUUCAGCUAGAAUUGACCCUAAAAAUUUAAAAUGUUUAGUAUGCCGAACGACCUUCGAGGAAUUAAAUGUUGUGAUAAAAAACGUGGACAAAUGGAAAAAAGUUGAUGUGGGCAACUUCCGUAUGGACGCGAGCGGCAACACACUACAGCAGAAACUGCCAGCCCACCGCUCAGCUGUCUACAUCUCGGAAGUUAUAGAUGGAAUUUGCAAGAAGAUGGAUGAUUACGUGCGAGUGUAUUACAAGGCGACAGGCAAGCUGGCGAUAAUGCAGCUCGUGAUGCCUGACGGGAAAAUGAACGCUGACUUCUCCAAAACCAAGUUUGUGACAGACGAUGAUCUUAACAAGAGCUUGGAGUAUUAUUGCGAGCGUAUGUUUGAAGAGAAUGAGGACGAAAUAACGGAUCUGUACAAGAAGAGGCCCCACGAUGACGUCAUGCCAGAUGCUGAGCGAGAGAUCUGUUUCAAGCACGCGCAGUACUGUGAGGAGUGGAUGCUGCCCACGGAAGAGGACACCACCUGGACCAGGGAGAUGGAAGAGGAGUAUGUUAAGAUCCACGGGCCCGACCCGUACGGUUUCGGGGGCUUCGCCCCUCCCCCCGCGCCCAUCGGGGACCUGGAGGACGAAGACCUCGGAGCUGAGGAGAACAUCCAAGCGGAACCUCAGGAUAAGGAGGAAUUGUAAUUAUAAUGUUUGAGUGUCGAUUAAUCGACAAAUCGAAGUCGUAAAUGUUGCGUUAUAAUCGUGUCUCGAUUGUGUUUCGAUUGUAUUGUUUGUUUACCUCUGUGUGUGGUCGUCAUGUCGGAUUGGUACACUGGAGGUCCCAGGUUCGAUACUCGAUCAGGUAAAGAUGAAAAAUGUUUAUUUUUUCUUCUUGUGUAUGAUUAUUAAUUUGUUGGUAAAGUGCACUAUGUAAAUAUUUGUUUGUUCCGGAUAAGAUUUGUCUUUGAUAUCUAUAACAAGAAAUAUAAUAACAGACUGUUUGACUGGGCAAAAAAUAAAAUCUGUACUGGAUUUUAAAUAUACACGACAAUUUAAAUGUCAUCAAGGCCAAAGGUACUCAAAUUUUGAAUUAAAAAAAAUAAAUAAUUAAUCAGUCUUAUUUAUUGGGUGAUUUACAUUUUUUUGUUUUGAUUAAAGCAUAUUAGGAAUGUUUUUAGUUUCCAAAAUCGUGACGUCACAGGAUGACACUGUCAUACAAGCAAACACCAUAUAUUUUAUUAUUUAUGCCAUUAGUCAAUGUAUGUGAUUUGAAUAAAAAAUAUUUUAUUAAAUUUGAUACUUUUAAGGUGAUAUAUAAAAAUUCUCUUUCCAUAUUAUUCUACACUAGAUAAAGGAAUUUAUUGCAAAGUAUUACAGUUUUCCAUCACAUAAUGUAGUCACAGUAGUCUACUAAACCGAAAACGGUGGACUGUGUGUAAUGGGAAACUAUAAUAUUUUUCGCUAAUAAACAAAACAAAUUGGUAAAAAUGUUACGGUGGCGCUAGUGUGCAGUUUUGUAUCACAGUUUGAAUUUUAUUGAAGGUAUCUUGAGAUACGAUUAUAAUUUAACGUUAGUUAGCAGUUAUGACGAUUGUUAAAUAUUGUUAUGGCUAAAUUUUAUCAAUAAAUAUUAUGACUCCUGUACACAAAGAAAAGUUGGCCCAAAACCGAGCUAUGCCAAAGAACACAGUUGCUAAAAUAAUAUUAUGUUAAAAUAUAUUAGGAGAAACAUAAUUAUGCUGAAAUAAUGGAUUCCAGUAAAUAUUAAUUAAUGCCAUAAUUUAUAAUUGUUAAAAUUUAGCCAUUUUCCGCUCAAUUCAUGACAAUAUGCCAUUUAUGAAUGUUAUUAAGUCUUCCAUUAGUAGUUACAUGAUGUAUAUUUUAACGUUAUUUAUUAAUAUUUCUAUAAAGUUUUGUGAUUGAAACAUUACAGGGCUAGCACAAGUGUUUGCGAGGCAAAACUUGUAUGGAAAAUUAACAACGCCCGUGUCGUGCGUAAUAGGAACUAUAUUUCCAUAUAAAA